AGGCUUUCUACAAACAAGACAUUCAAGAGAGAGUCCAGAAACAAAGGCAAAGAACAACUUCAAGCAAAUGCCGUCAUUCAUCCAGGAUCAGGCUGUUCCCACGCAUUUCUCUCCACCAUCUUACAGAACCCGAAUCAUGCAAGACUCCUUCGCUGUCCACUGCCUGAAGGUGCUGAAGGAGCUCCUGGCUUUUGUACUGUUCAGUUACACGGUGCUGUUUGGUGCCCUGCUGUUGGCUGGCUGGACCACUUAUUUCCUGGUGCUUAAAUGACAUCUCCACACACACCCCACCUGCGGCU